UGAGCCGAGGCUGGCCGGCAUUGUUGAAGACAAGAACGGCGUUUAUCAUGGCGGAUGUUUCGUACGGAUGGUCUGCAUGUGAGUGCUGGACGUGCCCUAGCAAGAGGACGUCACAGGCUUGGCCCUAGCUCCUCCCUCUCCACCUGGUAACUCAACCCUCGUUUCUCACAUCUCCAUCACAUACACGAACAAUGUCAGCGAAAUCAGUAUCUCGUCUAGGCUCGUCCGCCAUCCGUCGCUCAUUGCAGUCGAUACGACCUCAGAGCCGGCUCAAUGGUUUCACAUCCAGCGUAGCGAUCACCCGCAGAUUACAGCCGUUUCACCCAGGGCAGCGCGGUACAUACAGAGCCUUCCAUGCCUCUCGGAACCUGAAUACGCAUGUCCUUUCAGGUACCGAGGUUCCGAAGGAGAGCGAACCCUCAGAGCGCCCAACAGUUCCUACGGACAUCUCCAGCGCCGAAUACAACCAGCGCGCCGAUGAGUUCCUGGACGCUCUCCUCGCAAAGAUCGAACAAAUGCAGGAGACUCGCCCUGAGAUAGACGUAGAGUACUCGGCAGGAGUUAUGGAAAUCUCCCUGCAAGGCACCGGCACCUACGUCCUGAACAAGCAACCCCCGAACAAGCAGAUCUGGCUCAGCUCUCCUGUAUCCGGACCUAAACGGUAUGACUGGGUUGUCGUUGGCGAGGGACUGCACCAGAAGCAGGAUGCUGGCAAGGGUGAAUGGAUAUACCUGCGAGAUGGAACCUCCCUGACGGAGAUCAUCAGGAAGGAGCUUGGUGUGGACCUGGAUCUGGAUGAUGAAGCGCCGCAGUGAUUUUCCGAAGCGGGUUCGUAGGUAUUCUACUGUAUAAUUAUGGGGGUCAUAAAGGCGUUGGACAUGAUCUGUCUAGGCAGGGCAGGCAUGUCCCAAUCCACGGCGCGAUAUAGCACUUUUAUUGUCCCAAUAACAACAAUCAAAGACUCAUUGGU